AUGGAACCCCUUUCUGGUGCAGGAAGCGUUAUUGCUGUAAUUCAGUUGGCCAGUUGCAUUGCGAAAAUUUUAGGAGACUAUAUUAACGAUGUCAAAAUUGCCAAGAGAGAUAUUCUCGACCUUCAACAAGAGAUUGAUGGCCUUGCAGGAGUGCUCAGAAAGCUUAACACGCUUCUUGAUAGAUCUAAUAGCGAAAAAUUUAACUCUUCCAAUGCGCUACUCGAUGAUGUCAAGGAAUGCUCUUCAACACUCGAAAUUUUGAAGACGAAGAUCAAUUCAGAAAUGGCGGGGAUAACAAUGAAGAGAUGGGGGCUCCGAGCCCUCAAAUGGCCCCUGAAACGCACGGAGGUAGAUGAGACUAUAAAACGUAUUGAGAGGUACAAGUCAUUGUUCACUUUGGCUUUGCAGCUUGAUCAGACGAGGUCCAUCGACCAUAUUGAAGAGAGAAUUCUUUCAGGCAGAUUACAGACUGCGAAGGGAGCAGCAUUUGAUUCUUAUGAGAAUCAGCAUCAGGAAUGCCUUCCAGGAACCCGAAUCGAACUACUUCGCGAUAUCGAAGAGUGGAUGCAAUUAGCCCAUGGAAAAUGCAUUUUUUGGUUGAAUGGCAUGGCAGGGACUGGCAAAUCAACAAUCUCCCGAACAGUUGCAAGGAUUCUUAAAGAAAAACGGUUACUGGGAGCCAGCUUCUUCUUCAAGCGGGGUGAGGAGGAUCGGUCAAAUGCAAAGAGACUUUUUCCAACACUUAUAGAACAGUUGGUGACCAGCAUACCCCAACUGAUCCCUUACAUCCAAAAGGCAAUUAAGAAUAACAAUAAUAUUUCAGAAAAGGUGCUCAAGGAACAGUUUGAUACGCUACUCCUCCAGCCACUGCUAGAAGUAAAACAGGGUCCAACUGCAACAGUGGCGAUCGUGAUUGACGCACUGGAUGAAUGCGAGCAGGAAGAUGAUAUACGACUUAUUCUCCAACUCCUACCACAAGUCCAGAGGUCAACUUCUGUACGACUCCGGUUCUUAUUGACAAGCAGACCUGAGUUGCCAAUCAGGCUGGGAUUCAAGGACAUUGCCAAUGACUAUCAGCACUUUGUUCUUCAUGAGACUCCCAAGCCUGUUAUUGAACGGGACAUAUCUUUAUUCCUUCAUCACAGGCUUUCGCAAAUUAGACAGGAGUUCUCAAGAAGAGGAAGCGAGAUUCCUCUUGACUGGCCAGGAGAUGAUAACGUUGCGGCUUUGGUUAAGAUGUCGGUCCCGUUGUUUAUCUUCGCCGCCACUGUGUGCCGGAUAUUUGAGGAUCCACAAUGGCACCCUGCAGAUAGCCUAAACGAGAUCCUCUCACAUCAAAGUGACAACUCCAGGCUGGAUGGGACAUAUCUACCUGUCCUGAACCGACUUUUAAUUAACCAGAACGGGCACCUGAUAGAAAGUCAGGACCAAGUCGUUGAGAUUGAUAAGAUUGCAGUCUGUUGUAAAGAGGAGCUCUGGAGCGCAGAACUACAGACUCUUGAGGGACAUUCAGGCACAGUUUGGUCUCUAGCAUUCUCGCCAGAUGGCCAAGUACUAGCAUCAGGCUCUUACGAUAGCACUAUCAAUUUCUGGGAUCCCAUCACAGGCGAAUUGCAGCAAACCAUUAAGGGCCAUUCUGAUUUAGUUCGAUCUCUAGCCUUCUCAGCAGAUGGUAAAGUCCUAGCAUCAUGCUCUGAUGAUAGAACUAUUAAGCUCUGGAAUCCUACUACGGGUGAGCUGCAGCAGACCCUUGAAGGCCAUUUAGAUUCUGUUUGCUCUCUAUCUUUCUCACAAGAUAAACCAGUACUAGCAUCAGGUUCUAAUGAUAAGACCAUCAAGCUCUGGGAUUUCACCACGGGCAAGCUAUGGCAGACCCUCGAGGGUCACUCAAAUUGGGUUAAUUGUCUAGCUUUCUCACCGGAUGGCAAAGUGCUGGCAUCAGGCUCUGAUGAUAGGACUAUCAAACUUUGGAAUACCACGACGGGCGAACUACAGAAAACUCUUGAGGGACAUUCAAAUUGGAUUAACUCUCUAGCCUUCUCACCACAUGGCCAAGUGCUAGCAUCAGGAUCUGCUGAUAGAACCAUUAAGCUCUGGGAUCCCAUCACAGGUAAAGUAAAGCAGAGCCUUACAGGCCAUUCAGAUUCACUUAACUCUCUAGCCUUCUCACGGAAUGGCCGAGUACUAGCAUCGGCCUCUAAUGAUAUGACCAUUAAGCUCUGGGAUACCACGACAGGUUGUCUGCAGCGGACCCUUAAAGGACAUUUAAAUUGGGUUAAUGCUCUAACCUUUUCACCAGAUAGUGAAGUCCUAGCAUCAUGCUCUGCUGAUAGGACUAUUAAACUCUGGGAUACUACCAUGAGCAAACUGCAACAGACCUGGGAGGGUCAUUCAGGUACAGUUUGGUCUCUAGUAUUCUCAUUUGAUGGCCAAAUGUUAGCAUCAGGCUCUGAUGAUAAGAUGAUCAAGCUCUGGGAUCCCACCACGGGCGAGCUGCAGCAGACCCUUAAGGGCCACUCAGAUUGGGUUAAUUGUCUAGCUUUCUCACCAGAUAGCAAAGUGCUGGCAUCAGGAUCUGAUGAUAGGACCAUUAAACUUUGGGAUCCCCUUAUAGGAAAACUGAAACAUACUCUGACUGUUGGGAGAGUGGUCAAUGACCUUGAAUUUUCGAAAGAUAGCCCGCAUUUAAUAACUGAUCUGGGAGCCUUCUGUGCUCAAUAUCAGUAUGCCCGCAAUGCUUCUGAAUUGUCUAAAAUAAGUGUUGAGGUGUCUAUACUUGGGCGUCAAUGGGGGUAG